AUGCCAAGCAGCGCAAACCACAGCCCGUCGUCCACUGCGUCUUCUCCAUCUGGUAUUCAGUCCGGUCAGGCGCGUUUCGCAACGACGAGGCCGCAUUCGUACCAACCACCCAAGUCGUAUCAAGCAUUCGUGCCCAACGAUGAUCUCGCCGUUCGUUAUGGCGCUGGGCACUCCGCGGCAACUAAGGUGGCCAAGGUUGAUCCUACCACCAUCCCUCUUCCUCUGCACUCUCCGCCGACAUCUACGGUAUCUUUUUCCUCGCGAUCGUCAGCGUCACGUUCGUCGGCGUCGUACGAAACCCAAGAGUCGGGCGGCAGUCGGAGCACAGCACCGACAUUGCACUCGCACGUCAAUGGCCAGAGCCACGGGCGGCAGGGGAGCAGAUCGUCCCAGCCUCGGGCCAGCCUUGAUGGACUCGGCUUCCGCGGCGACCCUGUUCCAAGAGACGCUGCGUCCGCGAGCGAAGCAGAAUCCGGCGAUGACUCCGACGAGGAGCCAGAACAUGUGGACGCGGGCGAGGACGACGCCGAGCGUAAGCUGAAGGCGCAGGCGAAGUCCAAUCGCAAGAUCGCAGACCUCGAGAUCACGAACCGUUCUCUACUUGCGAUCAAUACCAGCUUAGAGGCCACGAAGCACAAGCAGGCCAGGGAAAUCCGGGAGCUUCGGCGCAAGCUGCGCGAGUCGCGGCUCAUACUCCCGCCGCCCGCGUACCGCGCGGUGAAGUCUUCCUUGACCCACGACGAUGAACAACCGGACGAGGAAGAGGAAGAGGAAGAAGGGGAGGACGAUGCGGAUAUCAUCGAGGGCAAGGACGACGAACCAUACCGUCGGGUGAAGUUGAUCCUCGAGGGCCUCUUAUCCUCGUGCCAGCGUGCUCUCGAGUCAACACCGGAGGAUUUCAUAGAGGCGCCUCGUAGCGGCGUCGCCAAGGUGCUCACCGAGGAAGAGGUUCGGCACUGGCGCGGUGAUGACGCGGAGACGCGCUCCAACUUGGAUGUGGACGAUACGAGCUUCGUCGGCUCGAGACCGCUCACACCGUCGCGGGUCGCGGUGCCAGGCAGUGACGGCGAACUCGAGAGCGAGGACGAGGUAGAAGCGUCCCUACUCGAGCCCGACAUCGAACCCAUUCCUCCCAUCACGAUCACACCCUCUGCUUCGCCCUGA